CCUCAUUUCAAAGGAAGAGUCGUGUUAUCAGCUUUGUGUUAUGAAAAUUAUCAUAAACACGAUAGUGAAUGUCCCCGAAUCCAGGUCAGAAAAUGGAAGACAUGUAGUUAGGUGUGUUUGCUCAUAUUAAUCGAGUAACCAGUUUCUGUUAUACAAGCCAACUCACAGACAUGCAGGGAACAUACAGGAAAACGGAGACUGAAAUGUCAGUCCGACCGGCAACAAACGAAAUGGAUGCCGGUGCCAUCAACAGGGCGUUCACGGACACCGACCUCGACAACAAGCCUCAGCAAGCCCGAAACCGUAAAGGCGCGCCACUGGCAUCCUGCAAUCCGCAGCUGUACUCUAAACAGGAGCGGGGUACCAAUCAGAAAAUGGCGGUUUCUACCGCGUCUGUUCUACAAGAUAUUCUGUCUAAGACUGACAUUCGGCCGCCCAUGGAGCGGUCAUGGGAAACAGCGUUACCGGAAACAGACGAUACCGGCUACUGCUCAUCAAGUCAGUCUAGUGGCCACCGGAAACGCAGCUUCUCGUUUGGAGACCGACCACAGAAGCGUAAUGAGCGCUCCAAUAGGCGACAUGAAGACGGUGGGACGCCGUUCCAGUCACUCGUCCAGUUUGGUCGGGCCUACUCCUCCGAAAGCAGUGAUACCGAGAACGAUCUCUGGCGGCUGCCUCUGGAACAUUUCACUUCGAAGCGCAGCGGCUCAGACCUGAAGAAUGCAAAGAUGUCGCGAAAGAUGAGAAAGUAUUAUAAAGUACAGAAUGGUGUAAUAGACGACUAUGAAGAUCUCCGACGCAAAAGUUUCUACAAAAGCCAGGACCACUUGAUCAAUCAGUUCGAGGAGAUCCGGCUAGAACUGGACGACGCCAUGGAGAACUCGGAGAUGAUCAACCAACUCCGCAAGAGGGCCUCCACAUACGCCAAGAUCACGUUCUUCGUGAAUCUCAUGCUGCUGGUGAUCAAAGUAGUUGCCGUGGUGAUGUCCGGCUCCAUCUCUCUCAUCUCAAGCCUCGUAGACAGCACGGUAGACCUCAUGUCCGGCAUCGUUAUCUGGAUCACCACACGGGCCGUCAAAAACACGGACAGAUAUGUCUACCCGCAAGGUCGCAGCCGCCUGGAGCCGAUUUCGAUUGUGAUCCUGUCGGUGAUCAUGUCGGUGGCGUCCCUUCAGAUCAUCAAGGAGUCGUGCACCAAGAUCAUCGGCCUGUCAGACGGCUCCAGCGACCCGCCAGCCAUGAACUACGUCACCAUCGGUAUCGCCUCCACCACUGUCGUGGUGAAGCUGAUCCUGUUCCUGUUGUGUCGCCGCGUGCCCCACCCCACAGUACAGGCCCUGGCGCUCGACCACCGGAAUGACGUGCUCUCCAACAGCGUCGCCAUCGUAUUCGGAUAUAUAGGUUCAAAGGAGAUGCAGGCCCAGGUGGGUGUGGGCGAACUCGUGUACCUGGACCCUAUAGGAGCCAUCGGUAUAAGUCUCUACAUAAUCGUCAACUGGUGCAUCACGGGAUGGGACCAGAUCAAGAUGAUCGUGGGCCACACGGCGACCUCGGAGUUCAUCAGCAAGAUCACGUGGCUCUGUAUUGACCACCACAAGAAGAUACAGAAGGUGGACACGGUCCGCGCUUUCCACUUCGGAAACAACUUCCUUGUUGAGGUUGACAUCGUUCUGCCGCCGGACAUGACGUUGCGAGAGGCGCACGAUAUCGCUGAGCCACUUCAGCAGAAGAUCGAGUCGCAACCGGAAGUGGAACGCGCGUUCGUGCACAUAGACUAUGAGUUCAACCAUCAUCCCAACACGGAACACAAGAGAGUGUGAUACGACCGCGGGGAUACGUUCUUCCAUCUCUUGUCAAAUAUGCUAUCAAAGUGUUCUCUGUACGAGUAUUUCUUAAAAAAUUAUGUGUGUCAAUAUACGUGUGUGUCAAAGAAGAAAGUGUAUGUAAGUUCAUUGACAUGUGGCCAUAACAGGCAUGGGAUGACUUAUUCGUAAAGUUGCGAAUGAAACCAUGGAAAUUCCAAAAUAAUACAAGCAGUACGUCUUUGGACACUGCCGACAAUAGUCAACAAACACACCGGAAGUCACUGCUGACAAAGCAUGCUCGGCUAAUGUUCUUACAACAAAAGCAUGAUGAAAAUAAUCUAUGCUCUAUGUUUUCUAUGCUCCAAUCGCAUUUACUUAUCACAUCGUCCACACUUCAAGGUCGAUGGACUAGGCGCUUUUGUUGUCAUCAUGACUUAUAUAUAUCUAGGACAUAUACUAGUAUUGCACUGUUAUCGACUCGAGCAUAUACUUCGGGGACAUCCAGGACGCGCUAUACAUUGUUCAAUUUAAAAUGAAUGUUUUCUUUAUAAACUUUUAUUUACAUAUGAGAUUUGUUUACAUAUAAAGUUUAUAAACCCAUAUAUUCUUUAUAUUAUUAUUGCUAAAUUCAGUUGUUGCAUGCGUUAUGUUGAUAAUAUUUGAUAUUGUCAAUCAAUAUGUGUAUACUAAUAAACAAAUCAUUAAUGUC